AUGCUUUCCCGACUUGCGCUCAAUGCUGCCAGGCCAGCGCGCAAGCUCUUGGCCGUGGCCCCUGCUAGGACGACCUUCCAAGCCAGGUUUCUCUCCCAGAAGGCCAUUCCCACAGGCACCACGGGCAGGAAAAUGCCUGUUGACGCCCGUCGCGAAACAGCGGAGGCAACCAAGAUGCCUGCGACAUUCACAAUCCAGGCAUGGCCCAUCUUUCAAGGCACAGCGUUCGGCGCCAACGCCAAUAUACUGGUCUUCACCACUCCACUCAUCGGCAACUACGGCGUUCCAUCGAACGAGCGGGAUGAGUACGGCUUACUCAAGUAUUUCGAGUCCCCCCACAUCCAGUGCGCGGGAGUGGUCGUCUCCGAUAUCGCCACUCAAUAUAGCCACUGGACGGCCGUCGAGAGCUUGAGCAAGUGGUGUGCUCGCGAGGGCUUUCCGAUCAUCUCUGGCGUCGAUACCCGGGCCAUCGUCACCUUCCUGCGCGAGGAGGGCUCCUCCCUUGCCAGGAUCUCCAUGGGAGAAAGCUACGACCAGGAUGAGGACGCUGGCUAUACGGAUCCCGAACAGCAGAAUCUCGUCUCGCACGUUAGCACGAAGGCCCCUUUUCUAGUAGAGUCAGAGGGCGCAUCUCUGCAUAUCGCCCUUUUAGACUGUGGUGUCAAGGAGAACAUUCUACGAAGUCUCGUCGCCCGAAGUCGAGCCAUACACAUUUGA